GUCAGACGAAGUUUUAUGUGCGGAAAAUAUAUUUUUGGAUAUUCGUGAAAAAACAAAAUAAAAAUUAUCUGUUUUUGUACUGGGCUAAUAAAGCACACGUGAUAAAUACAUUAACACCAAAUGAAAUAAGAAAAUAUUGUUUUAUAUCGCUAAAAAGACGUGAAAAAUAUCUGUAUACACCAUUACUUUCGUUACUACCAAACACAUACAUACAGCCCUAAUAUAGAGAGGGGCAUUUUAGAAAAACAAAAAAAAUCAGUUCUUAUCUUCGCAAAUUGUGGAAGCAGUGUUUGUCGGAGGCCCAAGGCGGGAAUAUGAAAAGUUUUUAUCCCAAAUUUCAAAUGCAGUUUACAAUUGAUGGAAAAAUAGCAUUUUUCUUAUUGUGAAAAAUCGAUUGCAGUUAGUCGUUCGUACAUACAUACAUACCGUCUACAAGCAUACAUAUAUAAGAGAGUGUGAGUGUGUGUACUAUAGACAAAAAAUCAUCUAUAGUUCAUCCUUCCAGUGCCAUGUAGAUGACAUUGGAAUCGAAACGUCACGCAUUCACAGUGGAAUGAUAGAUUCUGACAAGAAAGCGCGAAUUUAUUCAUUGAUAGUUGGUGUAGAUUUGUGAUUGUUGUUGUUACUGUAAUACUCACAAAGUGACAUCAGUCUUUGUGAAUGAUAGAAUUAACAACACACAGCCAAAGAAGAAAAGUAAUAAAAAAAAGGAAAGACAAAAUACACACAAUAUAAUUUAGAAAAAAUCAAAAUAAUCAAAUCACGCAAAUGAAUACAAGUUGUUGGGAUACACGGAUAUCGUGCUGAUCCAGAUUUCAAUGUGGAAUAAAAGGAGAUCUUCAUCAUUAUCACCUAGUCAUCUGGGUCUCCUCAUCUUUCAUCAUCGUCGUCGUUCUUUACGCUUGAAUUGGUAGCAGCUGCUGCGAAGGUAAACUCAAAGGCAUUACUGCUAAAGGCAAAAAAAUCGCGAAAGUACUGUGACAACAAUUGUUCCUGUGUAAAUCUGUGUGGGUGGGUGGCGUUGUAGAAAAUAAUGGAAGCUGGUCCCAAUGGGAUAAAAGUAGAGCCAUCACUUGAUCAGCAACAUCUGCAACAGCAGCAGCACCAGCAACAACAGCAGCAACAUCACCAUCAUCCACAGUAUGCUACGAAUCUGCUAGCUCUCAAUGGCUCAAAUGCUCGCCUGCUUAUUGAUCAUCCGUCAACGUUGUUGGUGCCGUUGUCGCAUCAUCAGCAGCAAUUGCAACAGCAAUUGCAGCUGCAACAACAGCACCAACACCAGCAGCAAUUACAACAGCAUCAUUUACAGCAACAGCAAUUGCAACAACACCUAGCCUCCCAACAGCAGCAGCAACAACAACAGCAGCAGCAGCAACAACAGCAGCAACAGCAAUCAGAUCAGCAGCAACAACAACAGCAGCAGCAACAGCUUCAAUUGCAGCAACACAAUCAGCAAUUGCAACAACUGACGGCAGUUUAUCCGCAACCGUUAUCUCUUAAGCAACCCUUACCCACUCCAAUCACAAACAAUGCUGUGGGCGUGGGUCAAGUGGCUGGCGCCGGGAAUGGAAAUGUUGUUAACACCACCACAUUGGGUCCAGCCUCAGUAGCAUCAUCAACAUCAUCUGCGGUACGUCAUCGAUGGAAUGAAAGUCCGGAGGCAAGGGCACGUCGUCUAGCACGAAACGCCGAAAGGAUGCGUGAGAGACGAAAUCGUGAAACUGAAGAUGAGUAUCGCAAGCGGCUGGCCCGCAAUGCCGAGGCCAAUCGCAUGCGUAGGCAAAAUGAAUCGGAAAUGGAACGGGCCAUGCGUCUUGUACGUAACGCCGCCAGGCAGCGUCUGCGUCGCGCCAUGGAAUCUCCAGAUCAACGGUCCAAACGACUGGUCAAGCUUGCCGAAAGAAUGCGAAUGUAUCGAGCCAAUGAGACCCCCGAACAGCGAAAGAUACGACUAGCGGAAAUGGCAUCUCGAGCACGUCAACGCAUUGCCAGCGAAUCGCCAGAGUCUCGUAAGGAACGUCUGAAAAAACUCAAUGAAUACGCACGAAAGGUCAGAGAAAAGAAAAAAAUAAUAAAAACCGGCGCGGCGCAGACUCCGAAUUCCACACAGAAUUCGAAUACGACGCAAAGCGCUAAUGCAAAUUGUAAUAAUGACUCUUUAAAUCUAAAUCAUCAGGCACCAGCAUCGUCAUCUGCGGCAGGCUCAACGCCAAACGGGGGUGGAACGACAGGAGGCAAUUCGGUAACGCCAACCGGCAAUGAUGAAAUCUCACGACAAACUGGCGGCGCCAGCGGCGGUGGUAGUAACGGAGACCAGCACCAACUUACAGCAUCAUAUCAACAAGCGGCCGCCCUAGCAGCAAAUCCUAUUGAAUACUAUCAGAAUAUGUUCAUUAAUCCAACCACAUUACGCACAGGUAGUGCCAUCUUGAAGCAGGAACCACAAACUCAGCAACAACAACAAACUAGCCUACAACAAAAUCGCUUUGGCACACCACACCAACAGCAAUCGGGGGGAGCAGUAGGUGCCAAUCUGCUUGUCGAUUCGGAGGCAUCAAAUCUCUUUCCACAGCAUCUAUACGAUGAGGCAUCACAAAAGGUAUCCGCCAAACUGUCACAAACAGCAGCCAAUGUUCCCCAUUUCAGCACAAUCGCUAGUUCAUUAGAUUUAUACCAGACUAAGUAUAUUAAGAAGCAGGAGCUUCAACAGACAAACAACUCACCAAGCAGUAAUAUCAACAACAGCGGGACUGUUGGGGUCUCCGCGUCCGGGCAAAAUGAGAAAAGCGAAGGAAAACUCAAGGCCACGCAUCCACAAAUACAAAAUCCUCCCACACCACUCUACAACCAAUUUUCCUACUUAGCCACAUUUCCGGCAGCUGCAGCCACCAAUACAACAGUUGCAGUGACAACACCGCCCAGUACACCAACUCAGACAACCACUUCCGCCUACUAUCCCAUGUAUCACAAUGGCUUUCAAUUGGGUAUAGCGCCGAACACGGUGCCGCCACCAUUUACACCAGUACACUUUUCGACAACAUCGAAUACAUUGGGGGGAUCCGCGGGAUCGUCGCCACCAAAUUCGGCAGCCAGUCAACAACAACAGCAACAACAGCAGCAGACAAUACAGGAUUUUCCAAAAGCGGUCCGCGGUCGCCCUAGAAAGCUGAUAUUUAACAAUAAUAAAGACUCAUUGAAUACGUCGCAGGACGAUGUACUACUGCACCAACAAAAGAUGAGUGCAUUGCUAGAGCAAGAGAUCAAUCAAAUGUUAGCCUCACCACAACUGGCACAGCGGCGCGGACGUGGUCAACAACAAUAUCAACAGUUGGCUCAGUUGCAGCAACAGCCGCAGCAGCAACAGCAAUUGCAACAGCAUCAAGACCAACAACAGCAGCAGCAGCAGCAACAACAACUUGAGCAACAGCAGCAGCAACAAGAACAGCAUAUCCAACAUUCCCCCAUGUCAACGUCACGCAAAGUCAGAUACGAAAAUGACGAAGAAAAGCGAAAACGUCUCGAGAAAAUGGCUGCCCAUCAAAGAGCGUUACGUGCUAAUGAAACGCCAGAGCAGAGAGCCAUACGUUUGCAGAAACUAAGUGAGCGUGCUCGUCAAAAACGUGCUGAAAUUCGUGCAACCGAAACCGCCGAAGAGAAGAAAAUCCGCCUUUCCAAACAAGCUGAAUAUGCACGAAUGCGUCGUCUGCGAACCCAUGCUCCACGCUUCAACUGCACAAAAGUCGAUCCUGAUGCUGUUGUGACCACAUCCCCCACAUCGGCGUCGGUGAACAUUUACAAUAACAAUACAGCCGGAGGAGGAAAUUCGGCAAAUGGCUACGAUACCAAAAACGGCAUACUCACAGAUCUUCAUAGCGGCGGCAGUGCGAGUGGCGGCAGUUUAUCCCAAGAGAGCAGUACAUCUAACAGUGAGGAGCAACAGCGCCAACAGCAACAAAUGCUUAUGCAGCAACGUAUGCUGCAAACACCAAAUCUACUCAAUCACAUAAACAACAACAAUAACAAUAAUUUUAUAAAACAAGGCAAAGAUUUUCAGCAGCCGCAACAGCAGAAUACAACGCAACCGGAAAAUAAUGAUAUGCUGAAAAUUCUGGAGCCGAUCAUUGUUAUGAAAACCAAGUAAAGAAAGUUCAGUAGGUACAUAUACACACAAACACACACACACACACACAUACAUAUAUAUUGCAUAUAACAAAUCAAUAUAAU